AACCAACUAUCUAUCGCAAAUCUCUGACACGCUGUCAACUUAUCAGAUACGUGUGUCAACAACCAGGAACUUGGUUUAUGCCUGCAACGAUCUCAGUAAUGAACGAUACCGGCGUGGCGAACAAUGUCACCAGUGCUGCCGGCGUCGGUCUACGACUCGCCCUACUCCUGAACGCUGUAGCAUGCCAGGUCGCGAACCUAGGUGUCGAUAUCCACAGUAUCUCGAAAGGAAUUUCGCUCUUUUCGAAUAGUCUCAAACAACUCGGUCAGAGCCUGCAGGCCGAACACUCGGUUCAUACGCGAGAAUGUCUCGAUACAGCACGUCAGAUCAGCGAUCAAGCUCGAACGGUAUUUGAAGAAGUGGAGGAUAUGCUGGAGAAGGUACAAAAGGCCGAAGUAGAGCUAGAACAGAAGGAUGUUCCUGUGCAGCAGCGUUUCAAGGACUGUUUCAAGAAGCAACGUGUCACGUAUCUGUUGGCUCAGUUGGAGUCGCUCAAAUUGAGCCUUAUGGUGAUGGUACAAAUUCUCCAUCUGGGUCGUUUGCGGGAAGUUAAGAAUGUCCUAAACACUCUCACCAAUGAGUUGAUCGUCCAAGAGCGAGCCGAAGCGCAAAACAUGCUAAUCGUCAGGUACUGGUCCAUAAAGAAACUCGAUAGGUUAUGGGAGCUAGCCCGGCAGGAAGCAAAAGAAGAUCGACGCUCAACAGUCCAUUUCGACUCUGACGAGAAGAAAACGACGAGCUCAACGGACAGCCCGCCCUUAACAAAAUUGCCAAUUAUCGCCCUCGGAGUUGAAUCAUCGCUCAGUUCGAUGGAGGAAUCACCCAGUGACAUGCUCCGACUCACCCAAGAAGUCUUAGAUGCAUUACUGAGUCGCUGGAUUAGAGUUGAAGCCGGUCAGAGCGCAAGACCCCCACCCCAGGCCUAUGUAUACUCUGGAAGCGACGAUGAACUAUCCGAUGACGAUAGCAUUGAUCGAGACUCUAUGCAUGGGUAUUACCUUGAAGGGGUAACCACAGAUUGGCGAAAGCCGCAUUCACAGGAAGCUCGUGUACAGGCCGCUCAGUUACGGAAGAUGUAUUCCGAUAAACAGGCACAAGUACACAGCGACUCUGAUGGUUCCGAGGAUUCGAUAGUCAGGAAUGGAAAGCACCAUGCUUACAGCAGAAGAAAGAAGAAGAAGAAGGCGUACACCAGCAGCGAAUAUGACGAUAUGCCAGAACAGGCACAGAUGGAUACCAAUACCAACCCUACCACAUCUCGACCAUAUUCGUAUUCCAAGACAAAUGCAGUUCCUGGAUGUGAUGCUGAAAGCCACUGGCGACACACAAGUGGAUCUGCAAAACCUCAACAACCUACUACUCAGGCCCAGAGUCGGCCAAUUCCAGUCCCGCAAGCGAUGAAAAACAAUUUGAACAUGAAUAACAGUGCACAGCUGCCUCGUUUAGCCACAUCACAACCGACUAGAGGAGUUCCUUCAAGCCCGUCAACACGUAAUGCGUCUCCAUCUUCUUACUAUAAGCCGCCGACACACGGAUUCCCAACCCCGGCGUCGAGCUACACUCAGCAACAUCCUUACUACUACCCUCAACAACAGCCACAGCAACAAUAUCGACAGUACAGUAACCCAACACCAAACUUUGCGCGAACUUUAUCGGAUAAUACUCUCCUACACCCACCACAACACCAGCAACCGCGAUACCUAAAGCCCCAUCUACAAUCGCAUCGUCAUCGACCCUCACGCCUCAACAGGACCUCGAAAGGAGGGAGCAGCGGUAGUAGCAGCAGUAGUAGCAGCGGCAGUGGUGGUAAUCGAAGUCCUUCGCCGUACAACCGUCACAAGGACUUGAAGCGAACUGCCAUGCGUGGAAUACUCGGUGCUAGUGCCAUAGGAGGAUUCAUGGAUGCCUUGGAGGCUUUCAGUAUUAUUUGAAUUCUCAUUUUGUUUAACAUGAUGACUGUUAUGCUUAUACUUAUGAUUACGAUUAUGAUUGCUUGAGAUUUGGCAAGUUCUGUAUGACUGACUCUCUGUUGUAUGAUAUUUAUGCUGGAUGAUACCUAUGAUUGGGGUU